AUGCGCCAUCUCCUCCGCGCAGUACCGCAGCUGCCCGCGCGCUUACCUGUGCGGGCAGCAUGCAGUGGCGCCGCGCUACAAAGCCCGCCCGCGCAGAGACGACAGUAUUCGAGAUCUGCGCCUCCGACAUCGUCCUGGCUACCGGUUCCUUUUGUCACCGAGACGAUCGCGGGCCUGACGCACACGACGGACCUCUUCUCGCGACUGCUCAAGGAGCGCAUCGUGGCCGUGUACGGCGAAGUCGACGACCGCAUGGCCGCCACGGUGACGGCGUCCCUGCUGUACCUCGAGGCCGAAUCCGACCGCCCCAUCUCCAUGUACAUCAACUCUCCCGGCGGGAGCGUGACGGCCGGGUUGUCGAUCUACGACUGCAUGAACUACAUCGUCCCCGAGGUUUCGACGCUGGUGCUCGGCCAGGCCGCCUCCAUGGGCAGUCUGUUGCUCGCGGGCGGCGCCGCAGGGAAGCGCUACUGCCUGCCGCACUCGAGCAUCAUGCUGCACCAGCCCAGCGGCGGCCACUACGGCACUGCGGCCGACAUCGCCAUCCACGCAAAGGAGAUCCUGCGCGUCCGCGAGCAGCUGAACAAGAUCUACGAGCGCCACCUUACGGGCAAGAAAAAGAUGACGGUCGAUGAGAUCGAGAAGAUGAUGGAGCGCGACUACUUCCUCAGCGCAGAGGAGGCGCUCGAGUUGGGCGUCGUCGAUGAGAUUCUGGCAAGCAGGAAGAAGAAGCCCGAGUCCACGAGUGAAGAGACGUGA